AUGUCUUCUUUACCACCCGGAUGGACCGAAGAGCGACUUCAAACCAUAACCGAGGAUGACUCGCGUCAAAUACCGAAGGUAAGCUAUGACCACCUUCGAACUUCCAUGGAACCCUUCAUUAAUUCGUACUAUCUCUCACCAACUCAGCAAAUCCGCCAAAUUAAUUUAGAUUUGAUCCCCCUCGACAAGAUCAUGGAUAAAUGCUUAAUGCCUCGCUUUGAGGAUCCGGAAUUACAAGGUGCUACUCAUCAGCAGAUUCAACAAUCAUACCAUGGGUACCUAGGAACUGAGGGCGUGGCUCCGGGAUUAGAUAUGGGCCUGUGUCUACUUGCUGAUACUGCCGCUGUGGAGUCCAUGAACAGUGACCUGCCAUGGGUGUACGCGUUGGAUAUGAACUUCGAUCAUUCGAGCGAAGUGGAAGAGGGAGAAUAUCCAGGAUAUUUCCGAGUUGCUGUGGACUCGGUGAUCACGGAGCUUUAUCCCAUGCUUACAGCUAUGCCACCCGCGGAGCUUUGGGCCGAGGGGGAUGAGAUAUGGCAGUCAGCCGUUUAG